UCGCCUUGGUAUCUUGCAGAACAUAGGACCACACAGCUGUGUUUCCAUCUACACACCAUUCACUAGUGAGCCAAGCUUACCAUUGUCUUGGGGGGACUCCAGGAAGCAGUGCAGCAGCAGGAGCCAGUGACCCCAGCAUAGGAGAAGAUAAGUUCAAGAUGGCCAUGUGGCAGGGAGCCAUGGAUAACAGAGGCUUUCAGCAAGGGAGUUUUAGUAGCUUCCAGAGCAGCUCUAGUGAUGAAGACUUGAUGGAUACACCUGGGACCGCAAUGGACUUCUCCAUGAGAGAUGAUGUUCCUCCCUUAGACCGAGAAAUAGAAGGGGACAAAUCAUACAAUGGUGGAGGAAUAGGUUCUUCAAAUAGGAUCAUGGAUUUCUUGGAGGAACCAAUCCCUGGUGUAGGAACCUAUGAUGAUUUCAACACAAUUGAUUGGGUGAGAGAGAAGUCUCGAGACCGUGAUAGGCACCGAGAGAUUACCAAUAAGAGUAAAGAGUCAACAUGGGCCCUAAUUCACAGUGUGAGUGAUGCUUUUUCCGGAUGGCUGUUGAUGCUCCUUAUUGGGCUUUUAUCAGGUUCCUUAGCUGGGCUGAUAGACAUCUCUGCUCAUUGGAUGACAGACUUAAAAGAAGGUAUCUGCACUGGUGGAUUCUGGUUUAACCAUGAACACUGUUGCUGGAACUCUGAUCAUGUCACCUUUGAAGACAGAUACAAAUGUCCAGAGUGGAAUAGCUGGUCCCAGCUUAUCAUUAGCACAGAUAAGGGAGCCUUUGCCUACAUAGUGAAUUAUUUCAUGUAUGUCCUCUGGGCUCUUCUAUUUGCCUUCCUUGCUGUAUCUCUUGUCAAGGUGUUUGCACCUUAUGCCUGUGGCUCUGGAAUCCCUGAGAUAAAAACUAUCUUGAGUGGUUUCAUUAUUAGAGGCUAUUUGGGUAAGUGGACCCUGGUCAUCAAAACCAUCACCUUGGUGCUGGCAGUGUCAUCUGGCCUGAGCCUGGGCAAAGAGGGACCCCUAGUUCAUGUGGCUUGCUGCUGUGGGAACAUCUUGUGCCACUGCUUCAACAAAUACCGUAAGAAUGAAGCCAAGCGCAGAGAGGUCUUGUCAGCUGCAGCAGCUGCUGGCGUAUCUGUAGCCUUUGGGGCACCUAUUGGUGGAGUGUUAUUCAGCCUGGAAGAGGUCAGCUACUAUUUUCCACUGAAAACCUUAUGGCGUUCCUUCUUUGCUGCCCUAGUAGCAGCAUUUACUCUACGCUCCAUCAAUCCAUUUGGGAACAGCCGCCUAGUUCUAUUUUAUGUGGAGUUUCACACUCCAUGGCAUCUCUUUGAGCUUGUGCCAUUCAUUCUAUUAGGCAUAUUUGGUGGCCUGUGGGGAGCUCUGUUUAUCCGCACAAACAUUGCCUGGUGUCGGAAACGUAAGACCACACAGUUGGGCAAAUAUCCCGUUAUAGAAGUACUCAUUGUGACAGCCAUCACUGCCGUCCUGGCCUUUCCUAAUGAAUACACCCGAAUGAGCACAAGUGAGCUCAUUUCAGAGCUGUUCAAUGACUGUGGCCUUCUGGACUCCUCCAAGCUGUGUGAUUAUGAGCAUCACUUCAACACAAGCAAGGGUGGCGAGCUGCCUGACAGACCUGCUGGCGCGGGAGUCUAUAGUGCCAUGUGGCAGCUGGCUUUGACACUCAUACUGAAAAUUGUCAUCACUAUAUUCACCUUUGGCAUGAAGAUCCCUUCUGGCCUCUUUAUCCCUAGCAUGGCUGUUGGUGCUAUAGCAGGUCGACUUUUAGGAGUAGGAAUGGAGCAGUUGGCUUAUUAUCAUCAUGACUGGGCCAUCUUCAAUAGCUGGUGUAGUCAGGGAGCGGAUUGUAUCACCCCUGGCCUUUAUGCCAUGGUUGGGGCUGCAGCCUGCUUAGGUGGGGUGACUCGGAUGACUGUUUCUCUUGUUGUCAUAAUGUUUGAACUUACUGGUGGCUUGGAAUAUAUUGUGCCUCUGAUGGCUGCAGCCAUGACAAGCAAGUGGGUAGCAGAUGCUCUUGGGCGUGAAGGCAUCUAUGAUGCCCACAUCCGUCUCAAUGGAUACCCCUUCCUUGAAGCCAAAGAAGAGUUUGCUCAUAAGACCCUGGCAAUGGAUGUGAUGAAACCCCGGAGGAAUGAUCCUUUAUUGACUGUCCUUACUCAGGACAGUAUGACCGUGGAGGAUGUGGAGACUAUAAUUGGUGAAACUACUUACAGUGGCUUCCCAGUGGUAGUGUCCCGGGAAUCUCAAAGACUUGUAGGCUUUGUUCUCCGGAGAGACCUCAUUAUUUCAAUUGAAAAUGCUCGAAAGAAACAAGAUGGGGUUGUGAGCACCUCCAUCAUUUAUUUCACUGAGCAUUCUCCUCCAAUGCCACCUUACACUCCACCCACCCUGAAGCUUCGGAACAUCCUGGAUCUCAGCCCCUUCACUGUGACUGACCUUACACCCAUGGAGAUCGUAGUGGAUAUUUUCCGCAAGCUGGGACUGCGGCAGUGCCUAGUUACCCACAAUGGGCGAUUGCUUGGAAUCAUUACCAAAAAGGAUGUGCUAAAGCAUAUAGCACAAAUGGCAAACCAAGAUCCUGAUUCCAUUCUCUUCAACUAGAAUCAUGGGUUGUUCUGGAUUUAAAACAGGAAGGACAUUGCAGACCAUGGAUAUAUUUUAUUAACUGGGUACCCAAAACACAUUUCCCAUAUUUGAAUGGUGAAGUCCUAAUUAGUGUGUUGUCUCUUUCCUACAAGUUAACCAGUUGCACUACAUAAUCUCUGGAAAUUAAUCUUCUCUUUAGGAGAAAAUACAGUUAGGCUUCUGUGAUCUUUGCAUUAGGAAGAUUUUGUGAAAGAGUAUACAAGAUUGUUAUGGUUUAAUUAUAUUUGCUUUUAAGUAUUUUUUAAUUUUAAAAAUAACUGUUAGCCAAUAUGAAACCCCUGAAAACUAUGCAAGAAAAAAUCCAGCCGUCCUGACAUACAGCCUACAGGAAAUUCAUGAGAAAGUCGCAUUUGGGGGUGGAAGGAAACCUGUCAUUGGUGGAAGAUGAAGUGUAAACUUAAGAGGCUUUGCUUUUUCAAACUACAGAAAGGAAAGCCAGAAGGAAAAAAAAUAGUCAUGGUAUUUUCUAGACUGUGAAGAUUAAGUUCAAAUGUUAUCCUUGUUUCUGUUACAACAUUUAGCAUUAUUACUUUGUUAUGUCUGUAUGUGUAUGUUCAUUUUACUUUCUAAUUAUAAGAGAAUGCUGCUUUGGUUAAUCUCCUCUAAAUGAAUUUAGAGAGGUUGACUUUUAUAGCUUGCUUGUUCCUGGUACUCUUUUGAAGUGCACAAAGAUAAGUUAUAUAGCUUUCUCCUGGUCUGCAAAAAAGGGUAAAUUUCCAGAUGCUAUUUGUUAGCUAGUAGACAGGGACUUUGCCAUGCAUUUGUUAGUUGUGAGGAAUGAUUUUUUUUUGUUUUCCAGAUUCCUUGAAACAAUUAGUAAAGUUUUAAGCAAAGUCAAUGACUAGGAAUUUCACAUUUUUGUGAGGUCCUAACUUUGUCUUACCCAGAUGCCGCCUCCACAAGUGAUGGUGCUUUAGGCUUCUGGAAUAUGUAAGAACAGUAAAGGGAAUCAAGUCUAGACUGCACACUGGUAAACCAGGGAAGACUAAAGUGUUGCAUCGGCAUCCUCAUGCAUUCCUUUGUAAAGACCACCAGUACUAAAAUACCUGGGCAUUCAUGCUCCUCCCAGUGAUAAAUAUGUUUAACGGGCCAGUGUUGUCCUCAUGAACAUGAAUUAAGCUUGGAAUACUUUGGAAUAUAUUGAAGUGUUGGAAUAGGAUAGGCAUCUAUGACUCCUUUGAUGGUCCUUAGAAUUCUAAAUAAAAUGCAGAGCCAUCCUAAGACCCCAGGGGUACAGACAAGGCCUGGUGACACCAAAGGUGCUUGUAUCCAAUUGAAAAGGUGCCUGUCUCAAUUUCCUACCACAUUUAUUGCAAUUAAAAACAAAUCACACUAUAGGGACACCUGGUGGAAUUAAAGAGCCACCACCACCAUUCCAACCACUGUUUUAUUUUCUAGAGUUUUAUCCCUGUGCAAUUACUCCCCUUCCAUUUUCCCCUUCUCUCCCCUCAGUACUGAGUCUUCUCUUUGCAAUUGAGUACUAUGCCUGGUGAAUCAUUCCUUAUAACAAAAGGGAGCAAUUAGGGCUAGUUAAAUUGCAAGCCAAGGCUCAGAAGUCGUAAACACAUGGACUAGACUACACACAGCACUUUUUUUUGCCAUGUGGCCCAGUUGCUGCUACUAUGUCUCCCCCCGCCCCAUCUGCUCCCAGAUGCCCAUAGCAGUGAGGCUAUGUUAUCAGGGGUGAGUGUUCAGCCUUGUCCCUUUUACAAGUCUGUUCCCAGGACUUCCUGUCAUCUUUCCAGGCCAGAAGCAGCAGUCACUUGGCCCAUUCCCCUGUACCCACUCUCCCACCCCCAAACACUCCAUUGUACCUCAUUUUAAAAGUUAUUCAUUCCCCAAGUCUAGGACUUCUUAGUACUAGUUUUUUUUUUCUAAAAUCUGAAAAUCUUUUAUUGCCCAAAGCUGAGUAGCUAAGGAUUAUUCUUUUAUUUUUAUCUUUAAACUAUUAAGCAACCUCUCCCCCCCCACCUUUAUCCUUUGAUGUAUUAUCAGUCUAGCAUUUUUAAUGAGGGAAAAAAAUUUCAGGGUACACAGUAUCAUAGUUGUGGCUUAGUAAUUUUCUGUCCUUUGUCCCUUCCAUAUGUAUCACUUGAGAUGUUCCUAUGAGAUGAGACUCCUUGCUUGACCACUCUACAUAGUAUGUAUACAUCAAGGUUCUUAUCUGUAUAGUUUUGGUUCAGUGCCUAUCCUCAUUAGCUGUCCUUACCCACAAAAGUUUGCAAAACUGGAAACAUUACAUGCCUGGUAUCUGAUAGCAAAGGAGAGGUUUAUUCGUAUUUUGUAGUUCAGCAGCAACACAGAGGGAGUCCCGUUUGCCUUUGUUUCUUCUUGGCUCUGUUCUUGAUUUUAGACAGAUGAGCCAGUGUUAAGGUGCUACUUCAGAAAAUACAUUCAAGAAAUCAGACAACACUGUGCCAAGGUAUACUUUCUAGAUGUUAAGCACCAAUUGGCCCUCCCGAGAAUGACAAUAUUCCUUUGAUACCUCAUUCCUGAUAGAUCACAUUCAUUAACCUCAGCUUCUCAGGAAUCCUUUGUAGCUUGUAUGCUAGAUGUAGAUAUAGUGUCCACUCCAUGUCCAAUCCUAUGGUUUGGUUGGAAGGUUGGCUAGUUGUGGCUGGUGUAUUCUUAUAGGACUGCUAGCUCAGCACUUGACACUCAGAGGAUUCUAUCUUGAGGUCAAGGAAAGUAUUCUUCCUGCCAUUACAGUUCUAGCAAUGAGACAUCCUUUUAUCCCCUUUUUAUGUGCUGGGCCUGGGGCUUAAACUCGGGUCCUAGGCGCUGUUCCUGACCUCUUCAUUCAAGGCUAGUGCUCUGCCACUUUAGCUAAAACUGCACUUCCUGCUUUUUGAGGUAGUUUAUUGGAGAUAAGAGUUUCAUGGAGUUUCCUGCAUGGGCUGGCUUAGAACUGUGAUUCUCAGGUCUCAACCUCUUGAGUAGCUAGGAUUACAAGUGUGAACCACUGGCACCCUGCAGAGACAUUCUUAAACCUCAAACAAAGUCAAUAUACGGAGGGGUGACUGUAGCGCUACAUACCUCAAUGGCCAAAGCUAGAUAGUCUAUUUUGGCAUGAGAAAAGAAAAUUGCCUGAUACAAGGAACGGUUUAGAAAAGAAUGCCAAUAAGUACUUCAAGAGAGUUUGGAUUUUCUAAG